GGGUCCGCCCAUCCUCUCCAUAUCUUUUAGCCCUGUCCGUCAAACAAAGCGGGAAAUGGCCGCCACGCACUCCACACACAAACGCGCUCAUUGACCCAAGCUACAGAGAGAAGAGGAGAGUCCCAAUCCCGGAGAGAUACCGACCACUCGGUGUCGAAAUCUUAACCGAUUAGUCGUCGCGGGUGGGUUUGAUGAGCGAGGAGAGAGAAGCGGAUGAUUCGAUGUCUCGGUUGCUUUAAUAAUGCGAAGGAAUCGGAUUUCUUUGUGUUGUUGAGUUUUUUCUUUUUUGCGUUUGGAGAGAGAGAAAGAGUUUUCUAGAAGCUAGGGUUUGGGGGGUUUGUGUGUCGGAGAUGGACGGAGAAUUGUUGGACGACAUCAUAAGGCGGCUUGUUGAUGCUAAGAACGGGCGGACGCCGAGACAGGUGCAGUUGACGGAAGCGGAAAUCCGGAUGCUUUGCGUGACGUCGAAGGAGAUCUUCCUAAGCCAGCCGAAUCUUCUUGAGCUUGAAGCGCCGAUAAAGAUUUGUGGAGAUGUUCAUGGUCAGUUUUCUGAUCUUCUAAGAUUGUUUGAGUACGGUGGGUACCCACCAGAAGCUAACUAUUUAUUCCUAGGAGACUAUGUUGAUCGUGGUAAACAGAGCAUAGAGACGAUAUGCCUUCUCCUUGCAUACAAGAUCAAGUACAAGGAAAACUUCUUCCUCCUCAGGGGCAACCAUGAAUGUGCUUCCAUCAACCGAAUUUAUGGGUUCUAUGAUGAGUGUAAGAGGAGGUUUAACGUUCGCCUCUGGAAGACAUUUACUGACUGCUUCAACUGCCUUCCUGUAGCCGCUCUUAUCGAUGAGAAGAUCAUUUGCAUGCAUGGAGGAUUAUCUCCUGAAUUAAAAAACUUGGAUCAGAUCAGAAAUAUUGCUCGCCCUGUUGAUGUACCAGAUCAGGGGCUUCUCUGUGCUCUGUGGGCAGAUCCUGAUAAAGAUAUUGAAGGUUGGGGAGAGAAUGACAGGGGUGUGUCUUACACAUUUGGGGCUGACAAGGUUACUGAAUUCCUUCAGAAACAUGACCUUGAUCUCAUUUGCCGAGCUCAUCAGGUUGUGGAAGAUGGGUACGAGUUUUUUGCAAAGAGGCAGCUAGUGACCAUAUUCUCGGCACCAAAUUACUGUGGCGAGUUCGACAAUGCUGGUGCCAUGAUGAUUGUGGAUGAUACAUUAACAUGUUCCUUUCAGAUCCUUAAAUCAACUGAUAAGAAGGGAAAACUAGGCUUUGGAAACAUGUUGAGACCAGGAACGCCUCCUCACAAGGGUAAGGGUUGACUUAUGAUGCAAAUCAUGCGACCAGAAGGAGUGUGAUCAAUGGGGCCAUCUCACUUCUGAACUGUUUUCUGCUGAAAUCAUUUUGCUCCGUUUGACAUAGUUUUCUAGUCACAAAACUCGGUUUUAGUUCUGCCUUAUUUGGCAUGGAAGGCAUAAAGCCUCACAAAGCAAUAUCCAGACCUCGGAGAGCUGAUGCCCAUUGUCAAUGCAACUCUCAGGUUUUUUUUUUUUUUUUCUUUAUUAUGUAAAAUGCAAAUUCUGAAAUUGUUGUGUUGAAUGGUAAUUGGCGUGGGUACUCUUUAUGUUUGUUUUAUGGCAACAUCAUUUGCAUUUGCCCGCUGAAGGAGCAUUUCAAUGUGAAAAGUAAUGCUAAUGAUACGCUCCCGUCUGAAACUAUGUUAUGCUGGAUCUCUCAAGUGCAUUUCGCCCAUUGGAAGAUUUUUAUAGAGCAUAUUACAUACAUGGCCAAGUAAUGAUAUGCCUAGAUUUGUCACUGCAUCUGGACUUCUUUCUAAUGAACGCAGAUGAAGCUGGGGCUGGGGUAGGCGUGUGUAUAAGCAGUCUGAGCUAAGCUAUGAUGCUGGCUCUAGGCGGAAUGGUGAGGCUUCCAAGGGAUCACAAAUUCUGUUCCUUUCGGUGGGAGUUUUGUUUGCUUCAUAAGCAGGUUAUGUCCCUUUCAGCGGGGAAGUUGUCAAUUCUUUGUGGCGCCUCACUGGCAAGUUAUGAAUUCUCCCAUGUCGUCUAAUCAUCUUCCUCCCUUCUUUUUUGGGUUUGGAAC